CUGAGGGCGCUCGGGGCCGUGCGGGGCCGCUCGGGGCCGUGCUGGGCCGCGCCGUGCCCAUGCUCCGCAGCGCGCUGCUGCCCGUGGCGCUGUGCCGCCGCCGCGGGGCGGUGCGGGGCUGGAGCUGCGCCCCCCAGGGCUGGCCGGGCGGCGGGACCCGCCCGCGGGGCCCCCGGGGGCUGCCUCCGGCACACGCCCGGCUCGCGGCCCUGCGGCUGCCGCCCUGCGACCGCCGCCUGCGGGGGACCGGUACGUUCUACCAGCACCCCGCCGCCGAGGCCUCCCAAGCCACCCUGGCCAGCGUGUCUCCCGUCUUCGCUGUGAUGAAGCUUGACAAAGAGGGGAAUACUACCUUUUUUGAAAAAAAGAAAACAGAAUUGUACCAGGAAUUGGGUCUUCAAGCUCGAGAUCUAAGAUUUCAACACCUCAUGAGCAUUGCAACUAGGAACAACAGGAUCAUCAUGCGAAUGGAGUUCUUGAAGGCGGUCAUAACACCAGAGUUUCUUCUGAUACUAGAUUAUCGUAAUUUAAAUCUGGAACACUGGCUCUUCAACGAACUAGCAUCUCAGCUCGCAGGAGAAGGUCAACUAGUUACAUACUCCCUGCCCUUUGAAUUCCGAGCCAUAGAAGCAAUCCUGCAGUACCGGAUCAGCAAACUGCAGGGGAGACUUAACACUUUGCAGCCUCAGAUCCUUGAGACACUGGAAGCUCUAGUGGACCCCAAGCUUUUGUCUGUGGAUAGGAGUAAACUACACAUUCUCCUUCAAAAUGGCAAGAGCUUGUCAGAACUGGAAACAGAUCUUAAAGUUUUCAAAGAAACAAUUCUGGAGAUUCUAGAUGAAGAAGAAUUAAUAGAAGAGCUCUGUCUAUCUAAAUGGACUGAUCCACAAGUAUUUGAGGAGAGCACGUCUGGGAUUGACCAUGCAGAAGAAAUGGAACUGCUGUUGGAGAACUAUUACCGACAAGCAGAAGAUCUUGCAAAUGAAGCUCGUGAACUCAGGGUAUUGAUUGAUGACUCAGAAAGCAUAAUCUUUAUCAACCUGGACAGCCACCGUAAUGUGAUGAUGAGACUCAACUUGCAGCUGACUAUGGGGACUUUCUCUCUCUCUCUCUUUGGACUCAUAGGAGUUGCAUUUGGUAUGAACUUGGAGUCAUCUCUUGAAGAGGACCCCAGAAUAUUUUGGCUGGUGACUGGGAUUAUGUUUCUGGGAAGUGGCCUGAUAUGGCGGCGCUUGCUUUCCUUCCUUGGGCGGCACUUAGAACCUUCACUACCUCCUCAUGUUCCUGCAGUUUUGAGAAAAUCCCAGCCAUCAGCUCAAAGAGUGGAGAUAAAAAAUGACCUUAAAGCAGAAACAUUUGGGCUGAGCAGAAGCACGCUGACAAACCAAUAGGAACAGCAGGAAGAAAGAGACUUUUACUGUUACGGGGCAGACUUUGGACACUUAUAUUUGUUUUUCCUUACUGAAAAGCUUAAGAAUUUCUAAACUUGCUAAUUUAAUAUAUAUUUUGUGCCAAAAACCUAUGGUGAGAUUUCAAUGCUUACACACAAAAAGAGGGAAACUCAAGGGAAAGAGUGACAUGUUUUCCACAAUAGUCUCACCUCCGCUCCAUGUAUGUUCCAUUAGAUUUCCGUAUCACAUAUACAUACUCAUUUUAAGUGUUUCUGUCAAACACUUAACUCACAUAAUGGUCUUUCUAAAGAGCAGCAUUCUCAGCUUAAAGGAUGACAGCAGUCAGCAUUCAUCAGUAAUUCUCAUUCUGAACUGCAGGUUUAGCAACCUGCCUUCAAUUAUCAAAGAAAAAAUCUACCCCAAAAGCGCCCUUUCUAUGUUUUUCCUUUUUUAAAGCCCUACUUAAUUGCAGAGAAUUAAUUUUCCUAAGCAAAAAGUAUACCUGCAUCCCUUGGGAAGCACUACUUCAAAAUUGACAGUAACCAAAAAUAAUACUUUUUUUUCUUAUUUUAAGUGAGCUUUGAAACUUGGCUACUUAUUUUGAGUAUUCCAUAACAAUUAAUUUAAGCCCAAACUGUAUGCGGUUUUAAUAGCUGGAAAAGCAGGUCCAUUGACAAUGCACGCUUGUGCCUGCCAUCUGCCACUAUUUCAAUAUGCAUUAACAUAGCUGCAGUUUAACAAUUCCUUAUGUCAUAAGGACUGAUUCAUACCCUGAUGAACAUCAUCAGACCAGUUGUUAGUUUCUCUUAAAAGAGAGAAAGCAGAACCCAACUUCUUUCUGAGAAGGCAAGAGAAAGCGUGGACUAUACUCCACCGCAGUAAGUAGCUAAGUUAGUUGAAGGGUGUGCAAGCCUUGGGUCUUGUAAUGGACUGGAGGAAGAAGUAAAAUCUUUAUGGCCACUAUUUGUGUUUGUCCUUACGACUUACCUCUGAACUCUCAGGGCAUAGUUCUCUACUGGCUUCUCUCAGUCUGUAAAGAGAGUAUGAAAGCCUUCCAAAUCAGGUCACCGUCUAGUUUUUUGUUUGGGCUUUUUUAACCUCAGUAACAUACAGUGAGUAGCUCCUUGGUUGCCACCGGACAAAUGACUAUACUUGCAGGGAUUGAAAAGACAACCGUAGCUGUGAACUCAAAACAAGUCCAAAAUGGAAAUGAAAGAGUACAAAAAUCAGUAUUAUGCAGGCCUGUGAUCUUAGUAUGGUUUAAGUCAGUUGUACUAAAUUAUUUUCAAACAGUUGCUCUUGCUCUAUAUGAGACUUCAACUACAGAUAUAAAAGGCAUGAAAAGGUGAGAAAAUUAAUGGGCUUUGUAAUGCUUUUAAGUUUGUAGGUGAACAUUUUUGCAGCCUUUAUUUGUAACAGGUAGAGAUAUUUAAAAAAAAAACAAACCAACAGUACAGCUCCUAAACUGAGCAACCUAGCAGAAAAAACAGUGGCUCUCAUACCAUUGCUGAUAAACUCCAAGAAAGUGUAGUGAGUGAAGGGAUACAGAUGUGAUAUUUUCAAGCAAGUAAUAGUUGCAUUAGGCCAGAACUCAAAUGUGUUGGUACAGCGGUUUGGGAAUCUUUCAGGUAUGCUUUCCAAGCUCUUUCCUCUGUACAGUGAGGCCUCUGCAUAGCAUAUUGCCUCCUUUUCCUGUACAUAAGUGACUUAAAGCAGAAUAAAAGCACUGAGAGAAAGACA